AUGCCUGCAUUGCCUUUUCCUCAAAAGAUGAAACGGGAGAAGCUUGACAAGUAUUUUGGUAAGUUCUUAGAGAUGCAGAAGCAACUACGUGUGAAUAUUCUUUUCACUGAGGUAAUCACUCUGAUGCUUGCAUAUGCUAAAUUUUUUAAGGAAAUUUUAUCCAACAAGAGAAAAGUGGAGGAAACAUCAGUAGUCAAGUUGAAUGCUCAUUGUAGUGCCAUACUUCAAAAUAAACUACCUCAGAAAUAUGGUGUUCCAGGUAGUUUCAUUAUUCCAUGUGCAUUAGGGACUGCUAGACUUGAGAAAUCCUUGUGUGGCUCAAGAGCUUCUAUCAACCUCUUGCCUUUGUCCAUAUUCAAAAAGUUGGAAGGAAAGCUCAGAAUCAUGAAAUCUAUCCCAAUGUCCUUACAGUUGGCAGACCAAUCCACCAUUAUUCCUGAAGGGAUAGUUGAAGAUUUUCUAGUUAGGGUGGACAAGUUUGUGUUUCCAGUAUAUUUUAGCGUGGUGGAUAUGGAAGAAAAUAAAGAGGUUCUGUUAAUUCUUGACCGACCAUUCCUAGCUACUGGUAGAGAAAUACUUGAUGUGUAUGAAGAGAAACAGAUGCUUAGAGUUGGAGAGGAAAAUGUAGUAUUCAAUAUGAAGAAGGUGGAUGAGCUCAGAGUUAUGACAACCAAGUUGGAUAGACAGAUCAUGGCAUGGGUGCAUGCGCUUGGCCAAGCCUGA